CACGGCGCACGAGCGACGCAGGGAGAUGGCGUUAUCGGAGUCUGUCACUACUUGCCUUUCUCCUGCUGUGCAUUAUGUGAUUUGUGAACUUGGAUUUGAGAAAACAGAGACCUAUGAUAUUAAUAAUAUUGUAUCUGAAAGUGGUGAAGUAUGUUGGCAAGCUAUUACAGAUCAUGUCUGUUACCUUGAGUCAGAUCAAAUUGUGGAUUAUAUCAAAAGCAUACGAUCACUAGGACCAGUUUGUGAAUCUGUUAAUUUGCAUUUCAAAUCUAUGACCAAGAAGCAAUUUGUGGCUCAGUAUGCGUUAUGGUUCCAGUGGACAAACUACACAGAGUUAUUUCUUGAAGUAUUUGAUGUUCUACAAUAUACACAAACUACAGAAAUCGCUCUUGGUUUAAUGAAACUAACAUCAUGCUUGGAGCGAGCAUUGGGUGAUGUGUACUUAUUGAUAGGUAAAGAUUGUCCUUUCCUCCUAAGAGAUUUGCUUAUUUCUGAGGAGCUUGCAGUUAUCUUUGGACAAMCUGUAAUGAAUGUAUUGAGGGUGUUCAUUGGAUCUCCUUAUGGUCUGAAUCUUCGUAAUGUUUUGUGGCACGGCUUUGCUUCCCCACAAGAAAUUCCUGUGAAAUACUGUGCUAUGCUGCUUUUUUUAACUGCAGGAUUGGGUCAGUUGCUACAGACAUACCUUCUGCAAACAAAACACAUUUUAAUACAUCGACCGUAUGUGACCUUCACUAGCUUACAAGAACUGAAUAUAUUUCCAGAUCUUAACCAUGAAACACUUUCCUUAGCUGAAGAGCUAGUGAAACUGUCCAGUUUUGUUCUAAAAAUGAUGUUGCCAUUUUGGCUUGCUGCUUUAACAGCUUUCAAGCAAGGCAGGUAUGCUGACUCUAUGAUUCUCUUACUCCCUCAGCUGGAAGCUGGACUUAGAUUGCUCUUCACUGCUACGAAUAAAUGUCCAAAUCGAUUGCUAACAGCUGAGCCUUCUACUCUCUACACCACUUUUGAUGAGAUGCUAGCAAAACAUUUGAGUAAUGAAGAUAUCAAUCAGCUUCCUCUAGUUCUUGAAGAACCUGCAAUGGAAUUUCUUUGGGAUUUCUUGAACCAUCAGGAGGGUCCACGUAUAAGAGAUCAUUUAAGCCAUGGAGAGAUUGAUCUUAAAACAUUUCCCAGGGAAAUUGCCAAUCAGAUUGUUGCUUUUGCAGUCACACUUCUGUGCAGAUUUUCUGAUGAGGACGUAAUUGCUUUUAAGGAACAUGUGGUCAUAAAACCACUGAUGAACUGUGCAAGUUGUUACUGUUCUCAGUUUCAUCCAAUUUCCCGUGUCAAGAAACAGGUGCUGGAAUGCAUGAAGAGCAUUCACUUAUGGUCUGAACUACCAGUAGUGCCUGAGGAACAAAUUCAAGCAGUAAAAGGGUUUGAAGGAAAUGCUGAAGCUAGUGCCUUUGUUUUAAAAACAUCAGAGAUUCUAUCUCAAUUACAUCAGUAUGUGCCCCGGAGUUGCUUCAGUUCAGAUGAACCAGUGAAUAGUGACCAAAUAGACAGGCUAUUGACUGAACUUUGUGAUACGCGCAUUUGCACACUCUACUCCCCACGAUCUGUUCUGGAAACACUGGUGGUUUUCCGUAAAAUAAUCACACAGUGCCAUCAAGUGUCAGGACAAGUUAUUGCAAGCCUUGAGUUGAGAUACAAACAGUGGAUAAAUAAAACGCUGCGUUCUCGCCAGAGGCAGAAUUAUCUAAGAAUGUUAAACAGCAUUAAGUUUUUGUCGCCUGUGUUACGUCUGAUCUUGGUGAUGGUAACUCUAGAAUUAGUCAAUAUCCAUCUGGUUGAUAAGAAGAAUGCUUUUGAUUAUCAGCAGUAUCUAAAGUUUCUGAAGUCUGUUUUGCAGUAUACUGAGAACUUGGUGACAUACACAAAUCCAGAGAAAAACAAAUGGGAUGAAGCCAUGGAGCUUACAAACAAGGCUUUGACAAAAAUAAAGAGUUUCAGUGACAAAAAGCUAAUGUUAAUGCAGUUAGCUACAUAAAUCAUUUUAAGAUUAUUUGGACAUCAUUAUAUUUUGAGUUUUAGAGUCAUCAAAUAUCUUAAGUCUAAGACUUAAAGAUAAACCUCAUCAAUCAUUGUCAAAUUUCAGAUGCAGUAUUUAUUAUUUUUACUAGAAGAAUGUUGCUGAUAGUGGAUUUGAAUGAUAAACCUUCCCUAAAACAGACUGUGCCAAAUCUAGUGAAAAGGAUUGGCUGUAAGAUAAUACAGGAUACAAGUGCUACUUGUGUUUUAUAGCUUGGUUUUCAUAUUUUUG